GUCACUGCCAGAGAAGUCUGUUCAGCAUCACUGUUGGCUUGGACACAGGAUCAUGUCUGUGGUUCUUCCCACCCUGUUCUAUCUUGGGUUGUAUCUAGGCCAGAGCACUCAGGCACAGAAGGGAAAUCGCCCCCCACCUCUUAUCUCAGCUCUGCCUGGAUCCAUUGUUCCACGUAAGAAUCCUGUGACCAUCCUGUGUGAAGGACCUGAACAAGCUGAGGGGUACAGGAUCUCUAAAGUGGGAAGCCCUGAGCCCACGGACAGAAAGGAAGAAAUCAUUUCUAGGAAAACCAACACUUUGAAUAUCACCGAGAUGACAACAGACCUUGCAGGGCUGUACCACUGUUCCUAUCAGAAAAGAGCCCACUGGUCCCAGUUCAGCGACCCCCUGCAGCUGGUGAUGACCGGAGCUUAUGACAAACCCUCCCUCUCCAGCAUAGCUGGCACUGUGGUAGCUCCAGGGGAGAAUGUGACGUUGCAGUGUUUCUCCAAACUGAAGUUUAAUGUAUUUAUGCUCACCGAAGAAGACGGAGUUCACAUCCCCCAGAACCAAAGCACCAACCCCCAGGACAAAGGAUACCAGGCCAUCUUUCUUUUGAAUCAAGUCUCCUCCACACAGACAGAGACCUACAGAUGCUAUGGUGUCUUCAGCCAAAACCCCUAUCUGUGGUCUCUCCCCAGCGACCAACUGCAGCUUCAGGUCAAAGAAGUUCCUGACCACCUCAGUACCACAGAACCCAGACGUUCAACUGCCCUGCCUCACAACCCGACCUCCCAAGAGAGACCCCUAGGCAUUCUGAUCGGUGUCCCAGUGGCCACGGGUCUCCUGCUGCUCAUCUUCCUCCUCCUCUUCAUCCUCCGCUGUUGUCACAAAGCCAAAAACAAUGCUGCCAGGAAAGAGAGACAGCCAGAGGUAGCUGGACCAGUGAAUGGACAGGUCUAUGAGACUAUAGACCCACAGGAAGUCACCUAUUCCCAGCUGACCUGCAGUGUCCCCCACCAGAGGACAGCUGGGACACCCUCCUUGGUGCCUACACAGACCCAGACCAGCGAGUACGCAACAAUUGCCCUAAAAUAAGCCAGACACCAGUGCCGCCAUUUCAUCUGGGCAGCAAAACUUACACCUGCCUGUUGGUAGCUCCCUCCUCUGGAGCUGAGAUUCCAAAUCUGAGACCAUCAGCCUGCUUGAGGGGACCCACAUUACUCAGAAGGUCCCACUGAGGCAGGAAAUAGAUGGUCCCCAAGCAAGGCAUUUACAACUGGCCUCAUGUUCACAUUUCAUGAGGCAGAGAAGAAGAUGAGCUCCAAGCUGGACGUUCAUUACCAGCCCCCAGUUUACAUUUCCUGAGGCAAGAAACAAAAUGGGCUCCAGGACUCCUGUCUAUAUUUCAAUAUCUGCACUUUGAUAUAAGAAACAGCAACAGGAACAGGGUAGAUAACCGGACAUUGGACACUUUUAUGGCAGGGAGAGGGGCUAAACCCUGUUAAGAGAUCAAGAGGUCAUACACUCCCCAUCCUUGGGACAAGGGAGACAUUGCACAUGCACAGAAAGCUCCUUGGAGGUCAAAAAGGAGGAGGCACCACCCCAUAAUAUAUCGGGCUAAGGCCUUCUCAUAGGCCUCUCAUAUGAUAUACAUCUUGGAAAAAAUUGGGGACGCAUGAUGGGGAGGGUCCUAGGGCAGGUCAGGUGUGGAAAAAGAAACCAGAUAGUUGGCCAAAGGUAAACAAAGACCUGGAAGAACUGUCCUGUGUAGAUGAUCUAACCGCCUCUUUACUUCCUCCUCCUCAUUGAGGGGGAUGCCCACACCCUUUCUCUCUAGGUGUGCACCUCUGCCUUGCUUCUAUCUUAGCUAAACAGUUUGUGUGUGCCCUCCCACUUGUUGUGCUGUGUCUCUAAAAAUAAACUUUGUA